AUUCACUGCACAAGGAAGCCUGAAGUAUGAGACGGACUGUGCACCAAAUGAUGGUUAUUAUUUCAUGCCAAUUGACGGCAAAGGAAGCUUCAUUAUCAGAGUAGCUCCCCCGCCUGGCUGGAGUGUUGAGCCAGCCCAAGUUUCUGUUGAUAUUGAUGGAGCCACAGAUUUGUGCAGCCUCAAGGAAGACAUUAAUUUCUACUUCAAGGGAUUUGCUGUUCUGGGAAAGGUAUCAUCUGCGGCGGCUGCUGAUAUAGCUGGUGGUCCUGCUGGCAUCCAUGUGUCUCUCUCCAAAGAAGGAAACAUUGUUCAGAAAACCACCACAGACAAAGAUGGCGCAUUUGUCUUCACUCCUCUGGCAAUUGGAGAGUACUCAGUCUCUAUCACUCAUCCUUCCUGGAACUUCAUCUCUGAAAAGGCCUCUGUGAGCAUCAGUGACAGAAAUGGAGAAGUGCUGCCAGGAUCACUCGUGGUGCGAGGCUAUCAAGUGGAAGGCAAAGUGGAAGGUGCCGCUGUGGAGGGCGUCAGUGUCGUGAUACAUUCAAGUGAAUCCAGCCUUGUGAAGCACUACCAAACUUUCCCUCCUGGCUGCCAGAAGGGAGCACCUAGCGGUUAUCAACCACCUGCGUCACUUGGCAAUGUUUUGUGUCAUGUCACCACGGACGUGUCAGGCAAAUACUCCUUCACUGACGUGGCACCUGGCAAGUACUCUAUUACCGCUCAUCGUCACACGUCAGUGACGCGAUACGUCAUUUCACCUCCCAGCGUAGCAUUUGUGGUUCUACACGACAACGCCAAAGUGGAAAAAAGCUUCCAAGUGGAGGGCUUCAGUGUGUCAGGAGUGGUCCGCAUGGGCGGUGCUGGUGUAGCUGGCGCUGCUGUGUCUCUUGGCAGUCAUAAAGUAACUACAGCAGAGGACGGCAGUUACACCAUCCCUAGCAUCAAACCUGGCCAGUAUACAGUGACUGUAACUGCUGAGAACGUCCUGUUUGCCACCACUGCUGUGAGCCUGACCGCCUCAGAGCCGUUCCUGCCUGUCAUUUCACCAUCCCACUACAAUGUCUGCUUCAGGAUCGCGCUAGACGAAGCUUCGCACAAGACUGACGAGGCUAUCAACAAGUGGAACAUACUGGUCACCAGCAUUGACGGUGUUGCGAAAGUCGUUAAUACAGACGCUGUCGCCAAAAAGGGUUGCGUGUUUCUGUCUCCGGGCAAGUAUUCUGCUGCCGUGCAGCUAUCGCAACUGCAGCAACAAAGUGGCAUCAGGUUCGGCCCCGUUGAGCAUACAUUCACCGUGCGCGAAGGCGUUGUGCCCGAAAUGGUUUUCUCACAGUUCCUGGGAGAGAUCACAGCUACUGUCGUUUGCCUAGAAGCGUGCCCCACGAUACCGUUCCGCCUUAUUGCUGCUGACGGCUCCGAGAGAUCUGCUCCUGCUGUUGGUACCAAAAACUCGAAGAAAGUCUCUGCAACUUUCAAGGAAGUGGUACCUGGCACUUAUGAAAUUGCUGUUGAAAAAGACGAUUGGUGUUUCAAGGAAAAAACUGUCAAAGCACAACUAAACGCAGAGAACAUUGCUGUCACCUUCACUCAAUCUGGAUACCUUCUGACAGUGACUUCCUCUCAUCCCGCCACCUUAGCCUACUCUCGAAGAAGCUCUGCAGAAGCCCUUACCGGGAAGUUGGACGUACAGAAAGGUAGCACUAAGUCAUGUCUCUCUGGCCCUGGAUCCUACUCGCUAACACCUGAAAGCUGUCAUCAAUUCACCUCACCCUCAUACACGUGGACGACAUCAAGUCCAUCACUUAUUUCCUUAGUAGCGACGCGCCAUACAGUAUCAGGUGUUUUGAAGAGUUCUGAACCCGGUGCGUUCACGCUGUCAGUGACGCACUCUGAUGGAUCGCAAACAACCCUCAAGCCGAAGUCCUCUGCUGGUAACAUGUAUACCUUUGAAGAUAUGAUGAAGGAAGGAGAUCAUGUCACACUUGUGCCUCAAUCAUCUGAUGACCUUUUUCAGUAUAAUCCCAAGCAACAGUCGCUCACCGUCGGUUCCGAGUGCAUGUCUGAUGCCUAUUCGUUCAAGGCUGAGAAAGCUCUAUUUAUUCACGGCAGCGUAAAGCCUGCAGUGGCUGGCGUCAAUAUCAUUGUCUCUGCUGGCAAUGAGAAGCAUCAGUAUACUACUGACAAAACGGGCAAGUACAAAGCAGGGCCUCUUGACAAUUCUGUCUCUUACAACAUAACUGCGAGUCUCACAGGUUACACUCUCACAGCUCUAGAUGAUAAAGGAAAUUUUGAAGCAUUCAAGCUCGCCGAGGUCGUCGUAUUUAUUAAAGACGAACAGAAUAAACCUCUUUCGGGAGUUGUGGUAUCCAUGUCCGGCGGCAAGAGCUAUCGCCAGAACAGCCUCACCGCAGAUGACGGCUCCAUCACUUUUCAUUCGCUUCUACCGGGAGAGUAUUUCCUUAGGACUGCAAUGAAAGAGUACAACUUCGACCCUCCAUCAAAGAUGGUCACAGUCGAACAAGGAGCUACCAUCAACAUCAAAAUCACAGGAGUGCGCGUGGCGUACAGCGCGUUUGGCACGAGCAUGUCACUGACGGGCGUGCUGGAGCCUGACGUGGCUUUGGAGGCGCGGGGCGUUGGCGAAAAUUGUGAACAAUACUUGGAAGAAGCCGUCACCGAUGAUGCUGGUGCCUUCAGGAUACGUGGACUGCUACCCAAGUGCGAGUACGACAUCGGCCUGAAAUCUGAUGCGAGCCUCAACAAGCACAUAGAGCGGAUGUUACCGGCCAGCACCCGCGUUAAAGUGCAGAAGGAAGACAUUACGGGACUGAAGCUCGUUGUGCUGCGCCACUUCACUCAGAUGGACGUCGUGGGAUCCGUGGAAAGUCCUAAGGAGUUUCUGAGCAGCCUGAGCAUUAAAGUGUACCGCGAAGACGUUCCCGACUCGCCGGUACACACCAUCAAACUCACUGACCAGGCAUUUUUCAUGCUUCCCUCCAUGACUGCUGACGGUAAGACCUAUACAGUUAGCCUCGAGUCUAGUCUCUCGACGAUGAUGUAUUCAUACCGGACUCCCGAAGUUUCUUUCGUAGCUGAUUCGAGCUUCAAAAACGUGAAGUUACACUUCAGGCCUUCGCUCAGGAAUAUCGACGCCGAGAUGAGUCAGAACACAAUGGCCGGGCUAUUCUUUGCAAUAAUCAUUAUCGCCAUGAUGGCUAAUUACGAGAAAAUUGCGCCUGGCAUUGAUUGGGCACUGGAGAUCAUAGGCGAGAGACUGAAUAAACGCGGCAACGGAGUAUCGGGCACCAACAAUGUGAGGAGAAUGAGCUAGUCUAUUGUUAGAAUAGUUUUUAUUUUAGAAACUUAACGUGUGGUUUCAUCUACAUGAUCUACUCAAUGAUAGCGAUAAGUAUACACUUCAACAGAACAUGUGAAAGUUUGAAUAUGCCACAUUAGAAUAUGUACACUUGAGAUGUGUAGUAUCAUGGGUCUGUUUGAUCAAGUAACCCGCUUCAGGCAAAGGUGCGGAGUAGAACAACUCGGCAGGGUAUAAAUAUUGAUCUAAUAACCUGAAGAUUCUAUUAUUAUAACACAGACGAUCCCGGAUCCAUUUCAGCGUUGGUAGUUAUAGGAUUGUCCCAAAAUUUGAGAUGAAAAUGAAUUGGGCGAAUAACUUGAACUGAACUUGUUCCGAGAGACUCAAGGUAACAGGAGUUGAUUGAACUGUGAAGAACCCGGAAAAUGUCGAACAUUUGCGUCAAGCAAAACACACCGUUCGGCGGCUGAAGGCGCGAGCUUUCAUUGCUUGGCGUGCACGUGUGGUGUCAAAGCUCCGUAUCAAUUCUUCGUGCUGCCCUGGGUCUUUCACUAUUAGUUUGCUUAAACUUAAUCAUUUUCCCGUCAGACUUCCGAACACGAAUAGUAUUUCUGCCAAAGUUGAAAUAAAAUCGAUGACUCAUGUGUGUUCGGCCUUCAAUACUGUAGGAUAAAUAUACAAUAAACAUUUUUCAAGUGAUAAUCAAAUAUUGUGUACAUUGAUCCUUACAAAUUCUUCUAGCCUCAAAAGGGUCUGUAUAUGUAAGUUGUAGCUAUUGUAAUCUUUUACCAUUCUUUGGUUUUCGUAUUAAUUUAUACAAAAUCUACUUUGCCC